CAACAAGGACCGCAAGUCCUGGCACAACUCCCAGUGGAAUGUUGGUCGAGGGCACCUUCUCGACGAUUCUCGUUCCCAGACAGAGAGACUGACGACGAUUCUGAUCCCGUUAUGAGUAUAUUGCAUGACUUGGUCUGCAAUUCCAGGUCCUGAAGUCCGACCGACGUGACUGCGGUUGUCACUUUCUUUUUGAAGAAGAUUCUUUAGCUCGUGUGCUUCUUCAUCAUUCCUGAUAUCGAUUCCUGGUCACUUGAUCUGAAUCGUCGUCCGCCGCAGUGAGAACAGUAAGAAACAGGCUAGCUGGGUGACAAGACCGACAGCAGCACUCCAGUCUCAUGUAAUCUUGGCUAAGGAUGCUGAUUCCCAUCGGAACGAGGUUCAUUGUCCAUGCUCGAUGUGAUGGAACUUCAAAUUUGCAAAAUGGCGUUUUUCUUAGAUCUUCAAAAUCGAUGCCUUACGAUUGCGGAUGGAGCACGCUACGUCUUGUGGACUGACAACAUAAGGUGCGUGGAUCAGCUACAUUUGUGCACACAAAUUUGUGAGAGCACAGACUUACGCUAUGUAAAGGCUAACUUGUACCGGGCCCAAUUUGCCGUGGAGACGGUCAAGGAUGCAAGUUAAAGAUGACAAUUAGAGUGUUCUUUCUAGAAGAAAAUAUCAUUAUUAUAGAUGCAAUAAAUCACAUGAGUUGUUGUAAACGCACAGGAAGAGUACCAGUCUCAAGUUAGAUGCUGAGACUGUUACUCUGAUCAACGCGAUAUAUUCCUGUCGUCCAAGAAAUCCAAUAAUUCUUUAAAAAACCUUACAUGUCCCACAGGCGCUAGAUCCUC